GGCGAGGCAGCGAAAUCCACCGUCAGAGCAACGCUAGCAGCUGCCGCGGAAAGGUGUUUGCUCUCUUUUGGUUCUUCGUCACCAGCAAGUUCCAAAACGUAUCUCCUCUCAAGCCUCUCUCUUCCUGCUCUCCUCUUAUUAAACUGAUCAAAGGUUCUUUUUUCGGGUAAGUCCAACCAGCAAACUCCCAAAGUCAUCAUCAACCAUGGGCGAACCAUUCCCUGAUAUCAAGAGCAAACACUCUCUGGUGGCUAAGUACGUCACCAAGGACCUGUGGGACAAACUGAGCGGCAUCAAGACCGCCACUUCAGGCUUCACCCUGAAGCAGGCCAUCGCCUGCGCCGUCGAUUUCGACAACCAGCACUGCGGCAUCUACGCCGGGGACUGGGAUUCCUACAAGGACUUCAAGGAUGUCUUCGACCCCAUCAUCCAGGACUACCAUGGCAUCGCCUCCGAUUCGAAACACACCUCCGACAUGGAAGUGAGCAAACUCAAGGGCAACAUCAACCCCGAAUGCCCCGUUCAUUCCGUCAGGAUCCGUGUAGGUCGUAACAUCGACGGCUUCGGCCUCUCCCCCGGCAUCACCAAGGACCAGCGCUUGGGCGUCGAGAAUCUGAUGAAACAUGCUUUCAAGAAACUCUCUGGGGAUCUUGCCGGUAACUACUACCCCCUGACUGGCAUGGAAGAGAGCGUCCGUCAGCAGCUCGUCGAUGACCACUUCCUUUUCAUGUCGGGAGAUCCCAACCUCCAGGUUGCCGGAAUGGAGCGCGAAUGGCCCGAGGGACGCGGCAUCUACCACAACAAGGACAAGACCUUCCUUGUGUGGGUCAACGAGGAGGAUCAGCUCAGGAUCAUCUCCAUGCAGAAGGGCGGAGACGUCAGGGCUGUGUUCGAGCGUCUCGCCAAAGGCAUCCAGGCCGUCGGUGACUCUGUCAAGGCCGAAAGUGGCAAGGAAUUCGCCUUUGACGAGAAGUACGGAUUCAUCCACUCCUGCCCCACCAACCUCGGUACUGGCAUGAGGGCUUCCGUCCACGUUGACCUGCCCGGCUGGACCAAGGAAGGUCUCGACGCCCUGAAGAAGAGGUGUGAGGAGCUCAAGGUGCAGCCACGUGGUACCCGCGGCGAGUCUGGUGGUCAGACUGGUAUCACGUACGACAUCUCCAACAAGCACCGACUGGGGUACUCCGAGGUGGAGCUCGUGCAGUGCAUGAUCGACGGCGUGAACGCCCUGCACGAGGAGGACAUCAAGCUCCAGAAGAAGCACGGAUUGUAAAUUUAUUUCUCUCUCUCUCUCCCAAGUCUCGUUCGGCCUAAGAUAAGGUUGCUCAAAGACCCCGAGGAGGUCAUUGGGACUAGACCAUAUUUCCAAGUAUGGAACGUCAUUCCAACCUGUGUAUAGGUACCCACUCUCUUGUGAUUAUUCAAGCUGAAAUGCCGCAUUCUGUAAGAUAGCAUUGAAACCUAUAUGAACGAUACCAGUGUGAUUUGCAAACUGUUGAGUUUUUAUUUUUUUUUCUUAAAUCCACUGUUGGUAUCUGAGUAAUAAAUAUAUUUACUAUAAA